CAAAUGAAUAAAACUGAACGAAAUUUGAGAACACUAUGAAUAUAUUAACUUCUUGCUUAACCACAACCAACAAAAAAUAUGUAAACAUUGAUCUUUCAUCUUUACAUGGUAUUCACGUACUGCUAAUUUUGUUUCUUAGCUUUUUGAUUCUUUGUACAUGAUAACUAUUUGACUAAUGGACGAUAAAAUAUAAUAUCAUUUUCUCAAAAGUUGCUUUGUUACCAUUUGUAGCAAUGGUAAUUGAUGGUUGCCUGCUGAAAGAUACCUUAAUUAUUACACCUACACAUAUAUGAUCUAACUUUACACCCUUAAAUUAACCCAUAUCCCUUGGUUUUAGUCAUUAAAAAAAAACAAAACGUAAAGCAUUUUCGAUAUAUAUAACAUAAGCAAGAGCUUCCGGACGACAAAUCACCAAACUCAAAGGAGACAAAUGUAAUAAACGAAAACAGACUGUACACAAAGAAAAUAAGAGAAAUAUGGUUCUUAGAAGCUCAAUCUCCAACACAAGAAAGCUCUUCCAAAAAACUAUCGACAACUUCAAGUCAUUCUUCUUCAACAACGGCACGUAUCAUAAAUUACCAAAAACACCUAACAACACCUCUACCAAUAAUACUAAUGAUCAUCCAAAGUCCAACAUCAUCACAUCAUUAUCAUCAUCAUCAUCAUCCAUACACAAGCAGUUUCAACCUAAACCCAAAGACUAUGUGACCACAAACAAAGAUUUAACUCUACAACCGAGAAGAGAAGACAGAGACGAGACACUAUUUUCUCAACCAAAGGUAAAUCUUGUUCGUAGAAAGCUAAAGGAGAUGGAGAAAAUGAUGAAUGAUGAUAUAAUAAGCGAUGAUCAUUAUGUCUCAGAUGUAAGAGAGUUUUUGCAUUGCUACUCUCGUCUUCGUUACACUGCUUACCUCGACGUGGUUGAGCAUUUUUUCAUGGAGGUCUACUCUGAUUUCUUUAGCCCUCAUCGUCUCGAGGGCACCCGAACGGCUGUAAAAAGAAGGCACCCCGCGGUGGUUGGAGUUGGAUCGUACGGUGGUCGGUGGCCAUAAAUAUUGAUGGAGAAGUUCAAAUAUAAUCAGUGAUUGUUAUGAAUAGAUUGUAUUUGUUUUAUUUUUUACUCUUUUCUUUUCUUCAUAUUUUUGUUAACUUCGUGAAUCGGUGAUUGUAUAUGGCUGUAUUUAGUAGUGUUUUAAUUUUCUAAUUUUACAAAAAAUAAUUGAUGAAGCCUUAUUUCU